AUGGUUAGACCGAAGAGAGUCGUGAGAAAUCCCCGAUGUCAAGAUGAACAAGAGGCAAAUGUAGGUGGACGUGGUGGUAGGGGAGGACGUGUUGGUAGAGGAGGUCGUGGUGGCCGAGGUGGCAGGGGUGGUGCAAACCCUCGGAUAUCAACCGAGGUUAUCACUCAAGCCCUAAAUGAUCUCAUGCCGGAUUUAGUGGCCCGAAUCCAAACGGCCAUGGAAGCUGGAGGCCCCCAAGGAGAACUGGAAAAUGAAGCGGUUCACAAUGAAAAUGAGAAUGAGAAUGAAAAUGAAAAUGAAGGCGAAGACGAGAAUGAAGAUGGGGAUGGGGAGAAUAAUGAAUGUGAAGGCUUUGUGAGACCAAGGGGUCACGAUGUUUACCAACAAGGGUGUUUGUUUAAAGACUUUAAGCAAUGUGGGGCUCCGGAGUUUCACGGGGAUAGUGGUGCUACGGGUUGUCUAGAGUGGUUGGAGGCGAUUGAAGCAAUCAUUGUCCGAAGUGGUUGUGCUUACCACCAACGAAUUACUUAUGCCACCGGUAUGUUGAAGAGUGGUGCUCUUGAAUGGUGGAACGAGGAGGUUGUUGAAUUGGGGAUUGAAGGGGCUAACAAUCUACUUUGGGGAGAGUUCAAAGACUUGAUGAUCGCUAAAUAUUGUCCGGCACAUGAAAUGAGAAACUUGCAAGUGGAAUUCUCUAAACUUGCCAUGAAGGGAGGAGACUAUGAGGGUUACACUCGCCGAUUUGGCCAACUCUCUAGGCUCAUUCCCCACUAUGUGAGUCCCCCAAGUGUGAAGAUUGAAAAGUAUGUUGCGGGGUUGCCUCAUGAAGUGAGGAUGCUUGUUUCUCACCCCACCAUGCCUUCGACAUACAAAGAGGCAACCACCCGCACCGCUAGUGUGACCUUGGAGCUUAUUAGGGGUGGUAAAUUGAGCAAGAAUGACAACAAAAGGAAAGAGGUGGCCGAGUCAAGCGACACCAAGAAAGAUGAUAGGCGUGACAAUAAGCGCUAUGGUCGUGGUGGAAAGGUUUUCGCGGCGGUUGUGCCAGCGGUGGGUCCUCCACAAGGUGGUUAUGCCGGGGUUAAUCCUUUAUGCCCUAGGUGUAAUCGUCACCACCGAACCAUCUUAAGAUGUGAUGUGUGUUUCCAAUGCAACCAACCAGGUCAUACUUCAAAGUUUUGUCCAAAUAACCGCCGAAAUGCUCCUUUGAAUGUUGCCCCUCUUAAUGUGAGACGUCCCCCAAUGGCUCCGGGUGCAUGUUAUGAAUGUGUUCAAGUGACCGUGCAUCCUAAUCAACUCCAAAUUGCCGGUCCAAAUCAAAACCGGGGAAAUCAAGCCCAACAACAUCAAGCUCAACAACAACAACAACUCGCUCCCCGUGGAUUAGCUUUUGCCGUGAAUGCGGCCGAGGCUCGUGUUGAUCCAAACGUCGUGGCAGGUACUUUCCUUCUCAACAAUCAAUAUGCCACCGUAUUAUUUGACUCGGGUGCCGAUUUUAGUCUUGUCUCCAAUGAUUUUAUACCGUUGAUUGAUGCUAGCCUUAGUCCAUUGUCUUAUUAUUUUGAACUUGAAAUGGUGAAUGGCGGGUUAACUAAAAUUGAUCAAGUUUUUCGUAAUUGUACUUUAGAAUUGUGUGACCACCCAUUCUUGAUAGACUUGGUUCCCUUCGACGUUGGUAGUUUUGAUGUAAUUGUGGGGAUGGAUUGGAUGUCGGCGAUGAAUGCGGUUAUAGAUUGUGGUAGCCGGGUAGUGAGAAUUCCAUUAGAAGAUGGGGAAGAGUUAGUAGUUCAAGGCGAGACAACCGAACCAUGGGAAGGAAAGAUCUAUAAUGUUAACGUCACAAAAGUUGAGUUGAAGGCCGUACCCGUGGUAAAUAGAUUCUUGGAUGUAUUCCCGGAUGACCUACCGGGUUUGCCUCCAUCUCGUGAACUUGAUUUCCGUAUUGAUCUCAUUCCAAAUGCUUCUCCCGUAGCCAAAGCCCCUUACCGCUUAGCCCUCACCGAAAUGCAAGAGUUGGCCGCCCAACUCAAAGAACUUCAAGAAAAGGGUUUUAUCUGCCCUAGCCAUUCACCGUGGGGUGCACCGGUCUUAUUUGUCAAAAAGAAAGACGGUUUUUCCAUUGAUUUGCGGUCGGGUUACCACCAACUACGUGUCCAUGAAGAUGAUAUUCCCAAGACGGCCUUUCGUACCCGUUAUUGGCACUUUGAAUUCACGGUUAUGCCCUUUGGGUCGACAAAUGCACCGGCGGUGUUCAUGGAUUUGAUGAACCGGGUGUGUAAGUCCUACUUGGAUCAAUUUGUCAUUGUCUUCAUUGAUGAUAUCUUCAUUUAUUCCAAAUCUAAAGAAGAUCACGCUGAGCAUUUGAAGCUAGUCUUGGAACUACUCCGGAAAGAAAAAUUGUAUGCCAGGUUCUCCAAAUGUGAAUUUUGGCUCGAAGAGGUCCACUUUCUUGGUCAUGUGGUGAGCAAAGAAGGAAUCCAUGUGGACCCAAGUAAAGUUGAAGCGGUGAGAAAUUGGAGACGACCCGAGAUGCCAACCGAGAUUCGCCAAUUUCUUGGGUUAGCGGGUUAUUAUAGACGAUUCAUUGAAAAUUUUUCUAAGAUUGCUCAACCCUUAACCUUAUUGACUCAACGUGAAAGAAGAUUUGAUUGGGGCGAAAAACAAGAACAAGCAUUCCAAUUGUUGAAGGACAAGUUGUGUGAUGCGCCCAUUUUAAGCUUGCCCGAUGGAGCCGAUGAUUUUGUUGUUUAUUGCGAUGCAUCUGGGCAAGGAUUGGGUUGUGUCUUAAUGCAACGGGGUAAAGUAAUUGCUUAUGCAUCUAGGCAAUUGAAGGUGCAUGAGAAGAAUUACCCGACACAUGACUUGGAGUUGGGAGCGGUUGUAUUUGCUUUGAAAUGUUGGAGGCAUUACUUGUAUGGCACUAAAAGUGUGAUAUAUACCGAUUACAAAAGCCUUCAACACAUUUUUGAUCAAAGUGAAUUGAAUAUGAAGCAAAGAAGAUGGCUUGAACUUUUUAGUGAUUAUGAUUGUGUUAUUCGGUAUCACCCGGGUAAGGCAAAUGUCGUAGCCGAUGCCUUGAGUCGGAAAGAACGGAUAAAGCCAAAACGAGUUAGAGCCAUGAGCCUCACCGUGAUAAGGAGUGUUCGUGACUCCAUCAUUGAAGCACAAAGGGUGGCAACUAGGCCGGAAAACUUCAUCAACGAAGCAUUGCACGACUUAGAAGAACAAUUUGAUAGAAAAGAUGAUGAUGGGUUAUACUUUGUUGAACGGUUGUGGAUACCCAUUCUUGGCGGGUGGCGGUUAAAAUUGAUGAAUGAAGCUCAUAAGUCGGCCUACUCGGUUCAUCCGGGUUCUGACAAAAUGUAUUUUGGCUUAAGAGACUUGUAUUGGUGGCCGGGAAUGAAGAAAGACAUUGCUAGAUAUGUUAAUGAAUGCCUCACUUGCUUACAAGUGAAAGCCGACCACAAUAAGCCGCCCGGUUUGCUAGUUCAACUGGCAACACCGAAGUGGAAAUGGGAAGAAAUCGCCAUGGACUUCAUCACGAAGUUACCUAGAACGAGUCGUGGUCGGGACACUAUUUGGGUGAUAGUUGACCGAUUGACUAAGUCGGCUCACUUCUUAGCCAUUCGGGAAGGUGAUAAGUUUGACACCAUGGCACGUUUGUACAUCAAAGAGGUGGUAUCUAAACAUGGAGUGCCGAUUUCCAUCAUAUCCGAUCGGGAUGCCUGA